CCCUUGCCUGCAAACUCACCGAUCGAUUCAACUCUAAAGACUCUUUCGCUUUAUCAUGCAGUAGAUCUUGUUUUCUUGUUCCAACAUUGAACAUUCCAAAGGCAAUCAAAAGCCGAAAAGCUUCUGAAACUGGUUAUGAUGGAAUCAAUCGAAGAAGACCAUUGACUCAACUAAAAUCAAAGCAGAAUCCAAGACUACCAUCUUCUGCACUUUCCCGUUUCCACCAUCCAAACUCAUCACUCUUCUUUUCUAUCUUUAAUUAUGUGUGUUGGAUGAUGAACAAGAAAGCACCCAAUGCUCGGUAGUCUAGUCUUUUUUGGUGGAAUAAACAAACAAAAAGCGAUCACCUAACGUCUUCUUUGUCAUUUCUCUCUUCUACGAAAACAAGAGCUCCCUAGACCCAUACGUUGUUUGCUCUGCCAUGAUUCUUGUUUUCCUGUUCCAAGGCUCCUCCUUUGCAAGCUAGCUCCCAAUAUUGAUCAUUCUAGAGGAAAUCCAAAGCCAAAGUCUUUCUGGUACUGAAACCGCGUGGAGUAAACCAAAGCAAAGAAGAACCAUCACUUAAAUGAAAACUCAAUCUAGGACCCAUCUCUAUUCAUUUACCCUGUUCCACUCCAGAUUCAUGAAAAGUUACCCAAUUCUUUUAAAAGGCUUUAUAUCAAUAAUUGCAAGCAAUUGGAGUCUCCGCCUCAAAGGAUGCUACAGUAUUGUACGGAACUUAAAGGGAUAAGUAUUUAUGGGGGUGAUAUGAAAAGUUUUUGUUUUGAGAACAUGCAUGGGCCCACUUUUUUAUCGAUAGGCAAUUGUGAUGGUUUGGAGUCGUUUUCCUUGUCCAUCUCCAAUCUUAAAGAGUUACACAUAUCGCAUUGCAAGAAUCUCAAGUCUGUGCCUAACAAGAUGCAUGACCUCACGUCUCUCAAUGGAUUCUAUAUAAGCAAUUGUCCAGGGAUCAAGUGCAUUUCAGACAGUGGGUUGCCUCCAAACUUAACAUGGCUUGGAAUUUAUGGGUGUGUAGGGAUCGAGUCCAUUCUAGGCAGUGGUUUGUUUCCAAACCUAACAGAUCUUGAAAUUGUCGACUGUCCAGGGAUUGAGUCCAUUCCAGAUCGUGGUUUUCCCCCAAACCUUAGAAGUCUUAUAAUUGAUUGCAAGAAUCUGAAGAAGCCGAUGCAGGAAUGGGGCCUUAGCAACCUCACCUCUCUUUUAUCCUUGAAGGUUUAUUGGAUAUGUCCUGAUCCUGAUGUGCUUCCUACUUCUCUAACCAGUCUUGUGGUAGGUACGGUUGAGAAUAUGAAAUCCAUAACUAGAGGGCUCCUUCAAAACCUCAACUCUCUUCAAGAUUUAACAAUCGAGGCUUGCCCAAAGCUGCAGUCGUUGCCAAAGGAAGGCCUGCCUCCCUUGCUUGAACGACUCUGGAUUAUAAACUGCCCGUUGCUAAAACAACGAUGCUUGGAGGAGAAAGGAGACUAUUGGCCCCUCAUAGCUCGCAUCCCCUACAUUGUAGUUCAAGAUUAUAAAAGCCACACAAGUUCAGAGACAAAACAAAAACUUUGUUUAUGCUUCAAAACAGGGUGACAAUCAAAUGACUUUAAAUCUAAAUAAAAGGUAACGUUGGUUUUAGUGUUGUCUUUUCUUUUUUAUAUUUUUGUCAAUGCCAUAAGUUCCUCAUAUGUUUUGGUUCAGGAUAUGGAUAUUAAAUCAUAGAGAAAUGGCCAAUAAAUAUUCAUAGCUGAAAGGUUAUGUACUAAUCAAGAAAACUACCAAGGAUUAUUCUUUCUUCUGCAGCCUAAAGCACAAGACGCAAAAGAUCUUUGUAUUUCUGAAACUUAACAUUUAUGCCAAUUGAAAAGAUGUUGGUUUUCUGGAGAUUGGAAAGUUUCCAUCCUUGUAUUCUGUGAAGACUCGUUGACUGCUCAAUAUGUAAAUAGCUGCUUAGUAUCAGAGUCAACAACAUGUCAACCCUUUCAGUUCAUCUUUUGCUCACCCAGAUCAUCAUUUCAAGAGAAGCAUCAUAAGGCAAAAUAGAAUCCCAACAAAAGAAAAUCUACAGAAAAGAGGAGUGCUGGGCAAUGAAGAAGACCAAUCAUGUGUUUUAUGUGGGAAAGAGGCUGGAAGCAUAGACCAUCUUUUGUUUUUGUGUCCAAUAGCAAGAAAGGUGUGGUCAUUAUGUUAUCAGUGGUGGGGUAUUAAUGUGGCACCCCAAGAAAAGGGCUGGAACCACCUGAUCUAGCAUGCAGGACUUUUCAACAAUAAAUUUGCAAAGGAUGC